CCGGGCCGGGACCGCGCCGCGACCGCGCCGCAGGUUUUAGAGCAGGAGGAGUCCAAGACUGGCUGGAACUAAUUUACUCAUUUCCCUCCCAAAGGCUGACCCAAAGACCUGUAUCAAAGAGUUGCACAAGAGAUAGAGACUGGAAGCUCUUUGAAUGUGCUGCCCGAAGAGUUAAGGCCUCUCCUGGGACUUGAGAUGACUUCUCACAAGAGAUGCUUUCAGGAGGGGCUGUGCUGAAGACAGAGCACUGCAGCCUCUAACUGGGACAGCUCCUGCUGGUCUGGAGCUGAGACCCAACUUCCCUCCCUCCCUUUUCCCUUGGAGAUGUUGCAGAGAUUUAAUCUGACCUCUUCCUGCUCACCUGAAGCCUGCCGUGGCGAUGACCCCACAGCCAGAUCCGACCACCAAAGAGAAGAGAAUCGUGCGUUUGAGGCUGGGCCCUCGUUGUAACUGAACUGGAAUCUAUCCCUGCUUCUGCUCCCACAACGACUGCCCUUCCUCUGCUCGUCUGUUUGUGCUGUGAGCCACUUCUCCCUGAUCUUGUUUGGAAUUCCUGAGCUUUCCACGCUGAAUUUGCCCAUGGCUUUCUUGAUGAAGAAGAAGAAAUUCAAGUUUCAGACAAGUUUUACUCUAGAGGAGCUGACUGCUGUCCCCUUUGUCAAUGGGGUUCUGUUCUGCAAAAUCAGGCUGCUAGAUGGAGGAGACUUUGCUAGUUUAUCUAGCAGAGAGGAAGUUCAGGAAAAUUGUGUCCGCUGGAAAAAGAAAUUCACCUUUGUGUGUAAAAUGAGUGCCAACCCUGCCACAGGGCUCCUGGACCCCUGCAUCUGCCGAGUGUCUGUCCGCAAGGAGCUGAAGGGCGGAAAAACCUACUCAAAGCUGGGCUUUGCUGAUCUAAAUCUGGCAGAAUUUGCAGGCUCUGGAUCCACUGUCCGUUGCUGCUUGCUGGAAGGAUAUGAUACUAAGAACACCCGACAGGACAAUUCCAUCCUAAAGGUCACGAUUGGAAUGUCCCUGCUCUCUGGGGACCCCUGCUUCAAAACGCCUCCUUCCACUGCCAAGUCCAUCACCAUCCCGGGGCAGGACUCCACUCUGCAGCUGACCUGCAAGGGCGAGGGAACCACCAGCAGCAGCAGCUCCUCCACAAUUGGCUCCCUGCGCCAGGCCAAGCCAAGAACUGCCAUCCUCAGCUCAGGUGUCCCAGAGGAGUCAGAUCAGAACCUGUCCAGCCCAGAGGAAGUUUUCCACUCAGGGCACUCACGGAACUCGAGCUAUGCCAGCCAGCAGUCCAAGAUCUCUGGUUACAGCACGGAGCACUCGCGCUCCUCCAGCAUGUCCGACCUGACCCACCGCCGCAACACGUCCACCAGCAGCAGCGCCUCCGGGGGGCUCAGCAUGACCGUGGAGUACCCUGAGGGGGAGAGGGAGCACAAGCUGGAGAAGCCUCCUCGGCCCCCCAGACCACCCCUGCUGCUGGACAGACCCUCCCGGAGGAAAAAGGAUUCAAUGGAGAGUCACCCAACCCGAGUGGAUGACACCAGGAUCGAUGCUGAUGAUAUAGUGGAGAAAAUAAUGCAGAGUCAGGACUUCACAGAUGUCAGCAAUACUGAAGACAGUAACCUGAGGUUGUUUGUGAGCAGAGACGGAACAACUACUCUGAGUGGUAUUCAGCUGGGAAACAGGGUCUCAUCUGGAGUUUACGAGCCAGUGGUGAUUGAAACCCACUAAAUGUGAAGAACAGGGUAGAGCUGCUGGACACAGGCCCCCUACCCAGUCUGCUGCCACCUGGAUGCCAACCUUUACCUCUCUUCAUGCAGCAUUCCAGAAGGGAUUUCUCCACACCCCUCCCCGUAUGUUUGCACUGCAGAACUACUCCGAGACCACUCCAGAACAUGCACUUUCCCUGCAUUGCAUUGUCCUUCUCUGCUUCCUGGUCCUUCCAGUGCAUGCCUUCCCCUGUUCCUGCUCAGACACAAGGUGUCUGUGGGACUUUUCCUUGGGCUAGUCCCAGAGGAUGUUGCUCAUCUGCAUCCCUCAUUCCACCCAUUCACUUGCAGCAGGGGACGUCUCAGUUUCUGUCUCCCCAAAACAUUGGGUAAUACCACUGUGAACUCUUCAAACCACUGGGGGUGGGGGAAACCAUUCUAACCAAACCCAGAGCUGCUUGUUGGGGACAUGGUGACAUGGCCACUUGCAGGAUGCUUUAUUCCAUUGACUCUGCAAGAGAACAUCACCUCCCAAGGCAAUGGUUUUACUGAACAAGGUAUGCUGUGGUGUACACUUCACCUUCCCAUCCUCACAUCCUCAAACAACAUCUUCUCAUAGGAAAUACUUCCCAAAAGUGCAUUUCAGAAAACUCUACUGCAAUCCAGCUGAGAGUUGGUGAACGGUUAAAUGUGAGUGCUCAUCACACCACUGACUGCAGCAGCCCUUCCACUGCUGGGCAUGGAAGGGGGUGUUCAUCAACUAGCAUUAGCAGGAGCACUUUAGAGCUUAUAGAUUUUACCUGGAGGAGGCUUCUACUCACUAUUCCAGGAGUAUAAUCUGUGUUUGCUGGACUGAUUCAGCAAAUAGUCCUGUUGGAGCUUGGAAU